UUCACUUCAUUGAUCCAAAAGACAAAAAUACAAUGUGGAGUUAUGUCUCACAAAUUACUUAAAUGAAUGACCCUUAUUGCAUUUUUAAUUGUAGAAGAUAGAAGACAAGGGCUGUUUCUUUGUAUACUUUCUUUAAAUUACAAAUUGACUCAUAAUGAAUACCUCUUACGGAUAGUUAAAAAUAGAAACAAGUGAACAGGAAAAUACUUUUCGACAGGUAAUGAAAAGUAAGGAUUGAUCAAAUAUUAAAACAUAUACAUUCACAUACAAAUGCACCAAAGAUAGCAAUGGAAAUUGUCUGUCAAUUUAUGGGACAAAACUCUGCAGAAUCUGAUUAACACAGAUAUGAAGAUAUAUUAAGCUUAGGACCUUCAAGACACGACAAUAUUUAUAAUUCUUUGAGAAGGAAAUUCCAUGGAUUCAUUAAGCGAUAAACUGUUAGAAAAGAAAUACAAUACAUGCAGUAACUGGCUUAAAGCACAUUUAGCUGUGUCGUUCACUAAAGAAGGACUUGAACCAUUUGUUUGUGAUGAAAUUCAACAAUUUCAAUUGAAAUGCUUAGAUGAUAUAUGUUCAAAAAAUGGACUAUCACAUCGGACUUUGUGUUCAGAAUGCUCUACAGAAAAUCAUGUAAAGUGUCGUACAAAAGGUAUUUGUGUUAUCAAGAAAGGACAAUGCAAUUAUCACAGAAACGCUUCAUUACAGUUCAUAUCGACCUGUCCGAAUAGGAUUUGCCAUCACUUCAAAUGUGAAAUAAAGACAGCUCAUUGGUAUGAAUGUCCGUCAUUCAAAAACACAGAUGCAACCCAGUGGUGCAGUAAUUACUGGGAAGUGGCGAAAUGCUUCAUGCCCCCAGAUGGGUAUAAAGAUAAAGCAUCUGCAGCAGACACAGACUUCAAUGGUAUAAUCAGCGUUAUCCUCAAUUACAAAGGGUUCCAGGACAAGAUUGACGAAAGCCUUCAAGACGAUACUAGUGUGUUUAAAGCGGCAAGAGAAGCUGUCAAUAAAUUGCGACAUUCAAAUCUUGAAGUAGAGGAUUCAUAUCUUCAGGAAUUACUCAUAAUAUUACAGAAACUACUCUCUGACAGCAAAUAUUUAGCACAAGACACGCAUGCGCAGCAGGCUUCUGAGCAUCUUAAACAGCUGAAAAUCGAUACUCUAACCAUUAGUAACGAUUAUUUAAGAAAAGCCCAUGAGCAAUAUGAAAGAGUAAAAUUAGAUGAGGAAAAAAGAAAACAAGAAGAUCUUUUAAAUGGUGAUGAAAAUGAUGGCCACGAUAAUAUUGACAAUAAUAAUGAUAAUAAUUAUGCACCCAUUGCAAGAGCUGGAGACGAAACCCAAACAGCCCCUAUUCCACCAAAAUUUGAAGAGGAGCUCAUACAAUGGUAUAUCAAAAACAAACUUUCUCUCCAACUAUCAAUGACUGAUGAUUCCGUCGAUACAAAAUUUGAAGACCUGUAUGUCAAGCAAGAAUUAUCCGAUCAUAGGACAGGAAAGUUGGAAACGUCUUUGAAAGACCUCUUUACAAGCGAAGGUAAAGUUUCAUUGGACAUAUUUCUAUGCAGUAUUGUUGGAGCAGGAAACACAACAUUUGCAAAAUACCUAACGAGAUUGUGGUGUCAGUCGCAUGGUCAAGGUUCCGACCACAAUGAUAAUUUCCAAGAGGAGGAUUUAAAUGCUUUACGCGACAUUGACUUUGUGUUUCUUCUAAAUUUGACAGAUUCAUCAAGUAAAUGCGACACUGAAGACAUGAUUUACGAUCAAAUCAUUCAAAAUCUGCCAUGUAACUCGUCAGACGGUAAAAGUUUUUUAAAACAAGUCUUGAAAAAAAAGCGAUGCCUGAUUAUAUUAGAUGAGUCAGAUAGAUGGGAACAUCCUCAAAAGUGUACAAAGUCAUUUCAGGGAAUUCCGCACCGAUACGCAAGUGAAAAUAUUAUAGUGGUGACAAUCGCACGACAACGCAAGCUCGUAAACAUUAACGACAGUCAAAUCAACAAAGAAAUAGAAAUUAAUCGUCUUGGAAACAAAUCAAAGAAACAAUUACAGAUAAAUGCUUUGAAAGGAAUAGCUGAAAAAAAAAAUGAAACCGUCACAGAAGAAGAAUUGAAGAAUCAGCAAGAAGCGUUUCAAAGCGAGAUAAGUGCCUACAACCUCGAUGAACUGGCGUCUGUCCCACUUAUUUUGAUGCACCUUGUUUGCUUAUGGCACGAUAACUGUUUUAAAGUACUGUCAGAGUGUCAAGUGUAUGGAAAAAUUAUUGAGAUGAUUUUAUCAACAACGCAGAAGAAUUUUCAGUACUUUCAGACUAAUGAUUUCAAACAACUACAAGCGUCUGGAUACAAAGAGCUUUUAGAUGGCUUGGGAAAUUUAGCUUCACAUUCAUUUAAAGGAGGCAAGACAAUUGCAAGGUCAGUUGUAAACAAAUUCCUUAAAGAAGAACAAGCAAAAUUAUGUUUGAUAUCUGGAAUACUUUCAGAGAGUAAUGGUAAAAUAUGUUCAGAGCAAAACAAUCCAGAAAUAUAUUUUACAUUCGAAAACAUACGCAAGCACUUCAGGCAGAGGUUGCAAAAAAGUGAAUAAGACUAUCAUCGUCUUGAUUAUGUGAUUUCAUAAAGUCGAUCGUCCGUCCAAUAGCAGUUAUGCGUUUCAGAUUUGAAGAGAUGUUAUAUUUCCGAUCCUUAAAGAUCGUUCAGCACGACAUAAUUGUUGUGUUUGUGAUAUUUUUGGUGUCGACAUUUUGACAUUUUCUAGUUGGGUGGUUAAAAAAUUCCCACUUGAAUUAUGUUGAAUGACCCCUAGGAUAUGUGGCCUCCUUUUUAUGUUUGUCUUUUGACGUCUUAUCUGUGAUAUGCAUGCUUCAUUACCUCUGAUAUCCUUUCAAAAUUCCAUUUUGUUUAGUUCCGUUCAAAAUUUUCUCGUUAAUGGCACACGCUUUCUGUUAUUUGGGGACCAUACGCCGCUUUUUUAUGGAAUGACAUGGAAGUGUCACAUUAGAGGUCCCAUGAUAACCGCCGUAUAAACACAUCUGCGAAUGUUUCUUAAUUCAAAAUUUUACCAGUUCAUGUUUUAUUGUUAAAUUCUGCUUCAGCCGGUGCUCAGAGGCGUAGACGUAGUUUGCACUUGACAGUACCGUCCAUGAACAGGCGCAAUCAAACCAAGUCUGUAACAUUUUCAUUUUUGCCGUUUUGGACAUUCUUUAAGGAUUCUUAAAAAUUUCGGGGGAGCAUAUAGUCGGCCCCUUGUCCGUCUGUCUGUCUG